AUGGCUUUCACAGACUACUUGAACUUUAAAGGCCUUGGAGAGGACUUUAAAUCCAGAAACUUUAGUAUUUACGGCCAAUGGAUUGCCAUUAUCAAUAUUUUUUUCUGUUUAGCGUUGGGAAUUGCGAAUAUCUUCCACUUCAGCUUGGUGAUAUUAUUCUCUAUUAUCUCCAUUGUGCAAGGUUUAGUGGUUGUCUUUGUUGAAGUUCCAUUCUUGUUGAAGAUCUGCCCUAUGAGUGCUAAUUUCAUCGAAUUUAUAAAUCGAUUCAAGCAGAAUUGGCCUAGGGCUGGUUUCUAUGCCGGUAUGGCCCUGGUUCAAUGGCUAUCAAUAAUCGUACAAGCCACCUCAUUGAUCGUUGUGGCCUCCCUUUUCACCCUGUCAGCAGCUUGUUAUGGCUAUGCUGCAUUGGCACAUCAAGAGUUCCGUAAUUCCAACGUUGUUGGUGACUUUGAUGUUGAGGCACUGCCAGCGGAAGCUGUUGUACGUAACAUUCUUUAG